AUGUUUCGAGGGUGUUCCAGUAGACAAAGGGAUUCUAUGUUAGCCCAAGGAACAACUCAAGUUUUGUCAACAAACAUGAAAGACAAUGAAUUCGAUACCGUUAAUAAGAAAGUCAAGGCAACAACAGGAACACACGAAGCGAUGGAAUCAGCUCAAGAACUAUUGAAAACGAUAGAAGUUUUAAAGCUCAUUGUUUCUAUUUAA